GUACAGUAAGCCGUCAGAAACUGUUCCCUCGUUUGCGCUUUCCCCGCUAGGGUCGUACCCGGCAAUUUUACUCAGGUCAGACACCCCACUUAGAAAGACCCCCACUUGGUAAUGCCCACGCAACCUCGAACAUCAUCCUAUACAACCGUGUGUCGCAAUGCCGUUAACUAUUUUGACUGACACUGACGUGCGUACCCUGCUGCACCAGUUGUCCAAGCAGGAUAUCCUUGAUUUGCAGCAAUCCCUUGCUGAUGGUCUGCAUUACUACUCGACUGCAACAGAGGAAGACUCCAAUGCCUGUUGUUCGUCGUUCCAGCCCAUGCGCACAGCGCUCAAGCGCAAUGACGGGCAGACCACACUUUUCAUGCCCGCCUCAAGCAACGAUGGUAUCGGCUUCAAGGUGGUAACGCUAGCUACGGGGGACACGAAGAAGCAGUCCGAUGCAUCAUCCAUUGCAUCCUCACUCAAGACGACUUCCUUGUCCGAGUCAACUCAUUCCACGGGCUCUCUAGAGCAGCCUCAGUCCCUCGCAAGCUCACAAAGCACAACUCCAAAGGGUACUCUGCAGCUGCUAGCCAAAGAUGGUUCACCCCGCGCGCUCAUCAACGCCGAGGAGAUCACGGCCUUCCGCACUGCGCUUGCCAGCACGAUGCUGUUCAAGAAGCGGCAUAACGUGCAUGAUGUUGUCGUAUUCGGUGCAGGCAAACAAGCAUAUUGGCACAUCCGCCUUGCUCUGAUGCUGCGUUCCACGGACAUCCACCACCUCAACAUCAUUAAUCGCGAUUUCGACCGCGUCCACCAGCUUUUGCAAUCUCUUUACAACCCUGACGAGCAACCAAUGAAGUUCGAUACGAGCACAACAAACAUCCCUAGCUAUAGGAAGGAAGGGGAAGGUCUUCACCGCCCAAAGAUCCAAAUACUCACGCCAUCCCACGGCGAGUAUGACCGCCUGCUGAAGUCUACAAUCCGAGCUUCUUCCGUUAUUUUCUGUACCACCCCGAGUCUGACACCACUUUUUCCAGCGCCAUUCCUCACAAAUCCGGAAGGGCGGAAGAAAGGUCGCUACCUAGCGGCAAUCGGCUCUUACAAGCCACAUAUGUGCGAGAUCCACCCUGAAAUCCUCCGUCAGAACGUUACGCCUGAUCAUGGUCGACAUUUCCAUAAGCACGCUCCCCAAGGCGGGGCUGUGAUUGUGGAUAGUGUGGAGGCGUGUCUCAAAGAAGCAGGCGAGAUCAUUCAAGCCGGUCUUUCGCCAAGCGAGAUCGUCGAGAUCGGUGAACUCGUCAUGCUUAAGCGGGAUGCCGAUAAGAGACGGUCAGAAUGUAUGGAGCAGAAGCGCAUGAGUGAAGAGGGACUGGAUAACGAUGGCGUUGAACUGGGCGAGGCACCCUCGAAGAAGAGCAAGAGGGCGGGUGGCAGCAAAAGCAGCAAAGAUGACCACGAAAAGGAGCACCAAAGUCUGAUUGAAUGGCUGCAGAAGGGCAAUGUCAUAUACAAGAGCGUUGGGCUGGGGCUAAUGGACGUUGUGGUUGGCAGUGAUCUGGUGAGGCUGGCAGAUGAAAGGGGCAUCGGGACGAAGAUCGAGAACUUCUGAUCAACGUGCGUUGCAGUCUGAACGACUGUCAAAUAUUAGAAUCAGCAUCGCAAGAUGGGCAAUUGAAUCUGGUCGUCGACACCUAGCUGGCCAAGUAAACGUCCUCAUGGAGUCAACUCACAGAGACCCCUGGAACAAGUACAACUAGACAGGAAUGACACUUGCUUGAUGCGAUGUUGCAUUUGUCAUACACAAUGUGUAU